GCAGGAAUAGAAGUCAAAUUACCAACGGCGGCAUUAAUGGGAAGUCCAGCAACUAAACAUGCCAUGUUUCAAGAGCACGAGGACCAAGUGAAGAAAGUAUUCAGAUCUAUUGAAAAUAUAGCAAACAAACAUAACGUACCACAUAAAUUGGAGCGUUUAAACAAACCGGAAAAACCGGGGGAGGCAAUAAUAAAAGCCGCGGAACAACAAGACGUACACCUGAUAAUCGUAGGAAGCCGAGGUAUGGGUACGAUCAGACGUACAAUCAUGGGCAGCGUUAGUGAUUACAUCAUGCAUCACUCGCACGUGCCAGUUGUCGUCUGCAAGCACGAGGAUGAACACCAUAAACUAAAAUAACAAGUGUGUUGAUUAAAAUACGUACAUGUAUGUUGUGCCAUUUUAAAUAUACAUGUCCAUUUAUUUGAUAAGAUCACUGCUGAUUGUCGUCAAGUUUUAUUUUGAUGUAAACUGUUUUACUUGAAAUGUCCGAUACCGCAACAAAGAAACAUGUUCAGAGUUUUCUCGUCCUAGGUGAAACAAGUGUCUUAGAUUUUAUAUAAGUGUUUACGAAAUAGAAAGUGAAGUUUUCACAAUGGGUUUCCCCGUUGUAAUGAUUACUUUAAUUUUGUUUUAUCUUAAAUAUAUUUCAUUGCAUA